AGAACAGAAACUGAAGCCGGGAGAGAAACACUGAGAACAUUCAGGAACACACACACAUAGACGGACACACUCCGGUAAGAACAUAAAUCAGUUUAUUUCUCUAAAAUGUUUUUAAAGUUUUUAGUUUUUAUUUUCUUCUCUGACUUUAAAGAUGUUAAAGAUUUUCUGUCUCCUCUUUGUGUUGAUGUUUUCUUAGUACAGACGUUGUGUAAUAUUUAGUGUAUGUCUUCCCGGACAUAAUAGUGUAUCAGAUGUAGUUCAGUGUGUGCUGCUGAGGAUGAAAACAUUGUGUAACCUGUUGCUCCGGAUCAUCUGCACACGGAUUCAGCUUCAUGUCCACGCAAACAGGCGGAAAAACAAACACUUCCACUCAAAACACCGGACACACACCACCUUAACCUCAGCCUUUAUCAAUAUACUUCAGAUUAAAACUCAUAUUUCUGUCUAACUUUGGGUUUUCUUUUGUUCUGAGACGCUAAAACUCAAAUGGACAUGUUGUUCUUGAUCUUAAUUUGGAUUAUCUAACAUCUGCAGUGACAGGAGAGUUUGGGUUUCUCAUGAAACUGAUAAAGUGAGUGAAAUAUGAGACACAGGGAAGUAUUUAAAUUCUCUUUAUUAUGCAGUCAUGCUCAGAAGGUUGGCCCAGAUACAGACCAGGUUCUGAAAAUGAAAGUAUUGACACAAAGAGCUGUGAUAUCUUUAAAAAUACGAGUAAACAACAUAUAACUGAACAACACACAGAUGUAAUAACUUUAGUGCACAGGUGUUUUCACUUUGAGGCACAUUUAGCUCACAUCCCUCUUUAAUUUGCAUAAUUUGACUGUAAGUUUGGUACUUUCACAUGAUGCAAUAGUGAAGUGCGAACUUCCUGUCAGACCAGAGAGGAAAUAAAAGUUUCUCAAAGUUCAGAUUUAAAAGUUUCUCCUUAUAUCUGACGCUUCAUUUUGAUUUUAGUGCACAAAACAGACGCUGUGAAGCACAAUGAGUUCUUCCUACAGAGUCCUUUUGUUGCACUAGACUGUAAACAUGAUGCAAUACUGAGACCCUGAUUUACCCCAGACCACACACACACACACACACACACAGACACACACACAGCAGGAUUACACUUAAAGUCCCUGUAUUAGCCUGUAGCACAGUGCACUGAGUUCAUCAGCCUUCACUCCGGUGUCUUUUAAGGUGGUAUUGAAGAGUUCUGGAUUCCUGUACACUCAGCUGUUCCACUGCAGCUCCUGUAAACAGGUUACCAUAGCAUGAGAGUGAACCCGGGGAGGAGGAGGAGGAGGAGGAGGCAGGAGGGUUUUUCCAGGCGAACUCUGUCAUUACAUCAUACAGUGGCGGCGGCGGCUGCUGCAGGGAGGCAGGUGGUUACCAAGCCCUGUGGAGACUGUUCCAGAAGUAGGUCGGCGGUGUUGAAAGUGGUUGAACAGGCUGACUCUGUUUCUGUUUCUUAUCGGCUCACACUAACUGUCAGAGCUCUCAACCGCCUCCUCUGAGCAGGUCAGCCCGCUCUGACAAAAGGAGAUAUGUGGUGAUAAAGGUGGAGCCGUUAUUGUUAUCGAGGUGUUUCCAACCAGAGCUCCAAAGAAGAACUCCUGUUAGUGAAAACUCUGGACGGUUCUGGUGUUUGUGGUUCUAUCAGGAGUUUUGGGUCCAGAUGGAAGCGUUCAGAUUAUAACUGAAGUUAAAGAACCCGUUUAACUCUGCUCUGAACCCGCUCCAGGUCCUCAGACGAACCAAAGACCAUGCUGUACCUGAAGAAGUACUUCACCGAGGGCCUGAUCCAGAUGGCCAUCCUGCUCAGCCUGUGUGGGGUGAGGGUGGAUGUGGGGCUGGAGACCUACCUCCCGCCCUCCUUACACGAGAUGAUCCUGGGUCCGACAUCGGCGCUGACGCAGACGCAGUUCCACAACUUGAGGAACCGCCUCGAAGACGGCCAGGACCUCCACCCGAAGAGUGUGGACCUGGACGAGUUCUUCACGUCGCGGAGGCUGCUGGGUUUUGUCCGCUCUCUGGACAGACUGCAGGUUAGAAAACAAGUCCGACCUCACCGGAUCAGAACAAACAUGAAGAAACGGGUCGGUUAGAGUCAUGAAAGGUCACUUUGUCCUACGUCUGUCUCCACAGGUUCCAACCACUGAGCUGGAGACAUGGCUGGUCCAACGAGAGCCGGAUCCACUACCUGCUCCACCUGUGGAACCAAGACCGGGGAUCAUUUCCCUGCAGGAUGAAGACGAGGAAGAGGUACGACUCUUUCUUUCUCGACCUGAUUUAUUCCCGUUUAACCUAAAGUAAACUUAAAAAGGAAACAGAGAAGUUCCAGAGUCGGGAUUUCCUCAUUGGUUCUGGUAAAAGGAGAAGUCAUGAUCAGAGUUACCUGCUGACCUUUGUCCGAGUCAUAAUCCUGAGCGGUUCUUGUCUCUGAGCUCGUAAAACGACCACAAAACCAACGAGUUAGUGACGACUUUCACCUCCAAACACACUCGGAAGUUUGUUGGAAUUACGUUUCAGGGUCAUAAACAUGAGUCGGUGAAUUUCAUUUUCUCAGCAGGAACUUUCACCUCAGUGGGAGGAGCUUUAGGAGGUACUUUUACAGCCAGUAUGUGUGAAAGUUCAUUAAAUCGAUUUACCGCCUUAGACAGACUGAAACCGGACUUUUAAAAGUCUGUGUGAACCUGUUAGUGAGACUGAAAGUGAAUUUCUGAACAAAUCUACAUAAUCCAGUUAAUUCGCCUCUUAAACGUCCUGCACAUGCUUCACAGUUUGGGCUUUGACCUGAACGUUAAAGUAUAAACGUGUCGGAGGAAGUAAAGAGUGAAAUCACCUUAUCCAGCUGUAAUCGUAGUUCAAACUAACUCUGAAAAAGUUCCAGGAACCUUUUAAACCCCUCUAAAGUUCCCUCUGUGUCCACACGUUUUGGGUACUUUUGGUGAAACUGCAGCUUAAAUGACGUUUUUAGUCUUUUGUAGAUGAUCCACAUUUUUAAAAAAAGUCAUCCAGAUUAUUCAGAGAGUUUAAAAACGGUCUAUUUUAAACCCAGGACUGAUAAUAAAUCAUAAAAAGUCACUUGUAGACUUUUAAUACCUGAAAACACAAAUUAUGGCCAGAAAACUUUUUGGAGCUGAAAUGUUUAUUUCACUUAAAACUGAAAACCAAAAUAAAUCAAAAUGUCCUUAAAAUUUAACAAAUAUAUUUAUUUAUCUCGUUUGAUACAUUAAUAAUAAUAAUAAUGAUAAUUAUAAUAAUUGUUAUUAUAAUGAUAAUAAAAUUAAUAAUAAUAAAAAACAAUAAUAAAUUUUAUUUAAAACAUGCUUUUACAGGUGCUCAAAGACGCCUUACAAGAAAAAGAAGAAAAUGAAAUGAAAAAAAAUUAAAAAUACAGAAAAUUAUGAAAAAUAAAGUCAAAGAUGUAAAAGGUUAAAAGCCAAUUUAAAAAAGUGUGUUUUUAAGAGUCAUUUAAAAAUGAGGGGGUCAGUACAGUCUCCGGUGGGUUUGAGGUGAACGCCAAACCCAUCGGAGACUGGGGGUGUAAAAGGAGACGGUUCUGUCUCCCCGAGUUUGGUGCAUUAGAUGUUUUUGGAAACUGAAACUACAAGAAGACAUUUUUAUCAUUUAUCAGACUGUAUUCAGGUGUUUUUUAGUCAUUUGUAGAUCAUAUUGAUUAGAUAAAAGUAUGAAUCAAAUAUGAUACAAAAGGCAAAUAUACAAAGUUAGUUUCUACAGCAACAGCAGCAGCCUGUCAGUCAUUAACUCCCCAGAUCUGUUCGAGCUUUAAAAGUGACACACCAGAGCGGAUUAUAAGAGAACAACAGAUCCAGCUUCUAUUUGUAGAUCUAUUGUGUGAGGUGGUGAUGUGGAGAAGUUUGCAGCUCUUGUUUUGACUGUUACCAAAACUGUGUCUUUAUGUCAUGUGAUAUAAUGAGUCAGAGUUCGAUGAGUCAUGAGGAAACCUCACCUCACCGCAUGAAAAUCACCCCGCCCAGAAAGUGAAGCAACAGGAGCAGAAAAACUGAAAUACACCGAGACAGAACAGAGUAGGAACACCUCUGAGGGGGGAUUGUUUUUUUAAAGUUCCUGUUUUUGUCAGGAGUUCCCCUGAUCCUCAUAACACCUCCCUGACAGUCUGAUUUAUUUAUAGUCCCCCUCAGACAGGCCCGGUCAAGCUCCGGUCCUGAGCCCAGACUGAAGCUUCACAUGACCUGGAUCUGUGUCAGACUGAGAGACUGUCAGGUCCUUCACUGCAGAUACAGACACGUUCAGAACCAUCUGAGGAGAACAUCAUGUUCACAGGAACAUCUAAAAGAGUUGUUAGCCCCGAGGCUCCGGGUUCAGUCUGUCAGGAAUCAUUUAAUCAGACUGAAGUAGUUCAGCAGGAUUUAUGACGAGAACUUUUAUUAAGGUGUGUUCGUGAAAACUUAGAGCCGUUUUCAGGGUGGGCUGCAAACGACUCUGAGACUUUUAUUGAGGCUUUUCCUCUGCAGGGGGAAAUCUCCGACCCCCUGAGAGGAUCCCGGGUUGAGGUUAGGACAGGUGUUUUAUUGUGACAGAGGCGUAAAUCAGCAGCUCUCGGAGUCUCUGAGGUUUUUGUUUUCAGGGAGAUAAUUCAGAGAAAUCAAACGGACUGUUGAGAAGUGGUGACAGGAAAAAUUUUGGAUGGGAUGAUCUGGAUAUUAAGCAACAUCUUCAACAACAAGCUUGGUGUCACACACACACACACACACACACACUCUCUCUCAUGCACACACACACACUCUCUCUCUCUCUCUCUCUCUCUCUCUCUCUCUCUCUCUCUCUCUCUCUCUCUCUCUCUCUCUCUCUCUCUCUCUCUCUCUCUCUCUCUCUCACACACACACACACACUCAGAGGACAGUAAAAAUCUGAUCCAGCGCUCAGAAAACACGUGUCUUCUCUUCUAAACUGGAAAUCAACAUGACAGUGUUUUUGAAUCGUCUCCGUGUUUCUGCUGGCAAACACACACACACACACACACACACACAUAAAGUCACACUCAGACCCUACACACACACACACACACACGCCAAACUCUCUCUUAGCCUCCUGGCCUUGUGACUGACCGGCUUGUUUUGAAACCUGAUCGCUGGCAUGUUUCGUUCUGACACGCAUCUAAGGCUUCGUUUUGCAAUACCCCCUGUUUACUGCGUACACACACACACACACACACAUACACACAAAGAACUAGAGGCAUCCAAGUAAACAAAUGCGCUGGAGCAGAGAUGCUUCGUUCACUUUUAUUUUGUCAUCAGGUUGUAGCUCCUCUCUCUAUAAGCGAUCAGUUUGGUCUUUUUGCGCCUUUAUUUUGAAAGGACAGGACAGGACGUCCCAUCAGUCCACCUGUUUUAAUAAACAUCAUGAGGUUGUAUUUUCGUUAAAUUUGAAGGUAAAAACAUUAGAAACGAGCAGCAACCCAAAAAGACAAGGUUUAAAAAGAAUCCCAAAACUGCAGUUCCUCUGAUGUCCACUAGAGGCUUUCUCCUAAAGUGAGUCAAUCCCCAUAGAGUCCAAUGUUAAAACGUCCAGUCUGAGUUUUGUCUGACCUGGACUCCUCCCUUCCUGUCUCAGGUCUUUUGUAACUGAUAUGAUGGUUUUCGUUCAGAGGGACAACAUGAAUCAAACUCGUGUUUUUAUCGGUACUAAAACUCUAAAGUGAGGACUGUGUGUGUUCAGGCUGUUAAAACUCACAUACGUGUCCUCGCUCCCCAGCUGCCAAGGGUCUCUGGGUUCGUCUGUAAGCCCCCCAGCCUGGUCAGGAGAAGGUUAAAGUUAUUCUGAGCCCUGCUGUCUGUCUCUGGGUGAAACAGGCGCCUUUAUGCUCUAUACAUAACCGCUAACAGAAGAGCUCUGUACAGUACUGAGGCAUUAUCAUAAUACUUGACCUCUUUACAGUCUCCAGACCUCUGCGUCUGUUCUUAUCUGAAGGUUCAACCAAAACUCCUAAAUGAGCCUUUCCACUCUAAAAAACUUCUUGAAGUCGGUCUAAUAGCGACUCAAAAUCCCUUUUUUUAAUGUUACACAGACGUAAACACAAAUCACUAACUUUAGCAGCUGUAUGAAACGCUUCUCUUCGGCUGUUUUUCCUCUGAUAUAACAAAGAAAACUGUGUUGGUGUUACUUUUUACACAGCGAUGUAGUCAUGUGACGACUCCACAGUUUCGUCCGUAAACAUCCUUGUUAGCUUCUCUUUUUAGCUCGUCGUUAGCUUUUUUAAUGGUGAUACUGAACCUCAAUAAAGUCCUCCAGGUUUCAGUCGGGACUCAAAUCCAGAUGAAACUCGUUGACUCAGCAGUGUAAAAGCCGCUCUGACAGGAUCUGUCAUUAUUUUUAUCUCCAGGAUGAAACUCAUCAUGUCCUCUAUCACGGAGGAGAGGAAGAGGAGGAAGAGGACGACAUGGCGGGGCUCUACAGGAGGACAGACGAAGGAGGGAGACCAGAAGGGUCUCACAGAGAGCUGACCCAGAAUGAAGUAGACCAGGUGAGACUCAGAAACACUAAAGACCAGGAUUCAUUAAUGCUUAAAUAAAACUAAAAAGACACAAUCCUGCAUGUGCAUGUUCAGCGCCGGCUUGGCGUGCAGCCUGCGUGUAAACGUAAGCUAGUGUGAGGUGAUCGAAGCCGCCGUCAUGCUUGGAAUCAGAUCUGGAUGCUUCAUCUCUACACGCCGAACAGCUGCCAGCUCAGCCGAACAGAAAGUGUGUGUGACACUCUGAAACAGCUGAACUCUGGAGCGCAUGUUACACCCACAGAGAGUUUCUAACAUGUAACACUCUCAGGGUCAUGUGUGUCAGCGAGGAGAGAUAAAACACGGCUGAAAGUCCAGAGUUUGAUUUUUAGAGGGUUUUUAAAGAGUUUUAAAGCCCUAAAAUCUGAGCAACAAAUAAAAACUCACAGAGAGCUUUAAAAAAUGAGGUUUAAAAUAACUUUCAUUUCUUUUAAUGAGGUCAACAGCUGCUUUAACAAGAAUCCGUUACCCAGAAUCCACCAUUUCCACAGAGAGAAAGCAUUAGACCGAGGUCAGAGGUCAGGGGUCAGAGCGGUCUGAUUUAUGACAGUGAAGAUGGAGGGACUAAACGGAGGUGUGUUUUCUCAGAAGUCAUGUGGGUCAAACUGGAACCACUUCUUAGAAAAAGUUCUUCAUGGAUGGAGACGUGACCCACAUACGCGUAAAAGACCUCAAAACUAACUUAAGUCUGUUUUUAAAACACUUAGAAACAUACAUUGAACUCAGGACACAUUACCGUACAUUAACAUAUAUAAAAUAUAACAAAUACAGACAUCUUACUCCCACACACAACCCCAACCAACAUACGCCUGACAUACAAAAUAGACAAAACUUAUUAACAAGGAGAAAAAAUGUGAACAUAAAAAAUCUGAAACAUGAGCAGUUUGUUUUGAGAUGAGAUUAUAGAGCCGUUCUGAAGUGAUAAAAAGAAGUAAUAGAACAUAAAUAAAGAGGUUAUUCCGAUCUGACGGGGCUUUAUACUGGAACGAUCUUUUGCCGACUUCUUGUGGUUCAUAUGUCUAAGAGAGUAUGGGGGUUAUAUGGGGUCAAGAGUUCUUUUAAAUAUGAAGGUAGAUGGAGAUAAACACGUUUAAAAGGAAAUGAAGCCGGUGAAAUUGCCGUCUUGAUUUGGGUUGUAACCAGUUCAGUGACUUUAGGCCGACAGAUUUAUAAAAGGUUCUUAAAUAAAAGUUUUUAGAUCACUCCUCACACUUCUUCCCCUUCCUCUGUUUUCCCCCAAUCAGACUUCAGUCUCCCUCCAGGAGUGUCUGCGGCUCCUCCAGGAGACCUUCCCCUUCACUGAAGAACAGGUAGGUCCUCGACUUCCUGUCUGUCCCUCUCUGCUGUUUUGACUCUGAACUGGACUUCAUCAUUUUCUUGUUUUCCUCUCAGUUUGUUGAUUCUGGCAGCAGACGGAGAGGCCGGGAUAACCGUGCUCCCCUGUGCCCCCCCAUCAUCCCCACAGGAAACCCCCCAGUGGACCUGGAGCAGCACUGGCAGGACCUGCUGGCCAUCAUGGAGCCUGAGGUGAGUGAGGGGGUGGAGAUAAGCAGACACCUGGCAGGUGAACUUGGUUUGCGUUAACUCCAUCAUCCUCUCCCUGCAGACCACCACAGAUGUUCACAUGACCUCGUUUGAUCACAACGGGAACCAAAGACCGGCCGGGGGCCUUCAGGAUGUCGGGGCUGGAGCUCCUCAGAUGAACGGUAAUAACAGUCAGAGGAUUGUGGGAUUUCCUGUCUGUGCAGUCAGAGAACUGGGGUCCUUGUUGGACUGGACUGAAUGAUUCUUAUGGGGCGCUCACACCAAGCGCGGGUAAAAUCAUCUACGCGUGAAUGAUUAGUAUUUACUCGCUUCAUUCGCGCGUCAACGGUAAUCCCUGCCAAUUCAACCGGCGGGAUCAAGUGAUGGACAAAGGUUUUUUUUUUUACAAUCUACCAGGUCAUCUGAUCUCCUCACUCAUUCGCCUCCAUGCGAGCUCCUCUUUAUUUUAAAUACCAGUGAACAUCCGUCCGUUUUCAUACGUCACCUGGCAACCUUCGUUCUGAUUGGUUAUCGCGAAUAUCCGCUCAAGUUGAGACAUUUUCAGCCCAAUUUGCCUCAUUUGCGCCGCCAGAGUAGUAGGAGCGUCUACUCGCGUCUUUACAUUGACUUAACAUGUAAUUCAUUCGCGCGAAUGAUUUAACUCGCGCUUGGUGUGUGGAGACAGUUAGAGCCCAGCUGGUUCUGAAGGGUUGGACCCUGUUUGGUUCUCCUUCUCUGCAGAUUGUCGGUAGUGUGUAAUGACGAUGGUUGGAAAUCCGGUUUGGGUCAUUGAAUAAGAACAGAACCACGUUAGUCUCAGGACUGAUCUGUUAUUGGACGACAGUGAAGUCUCGUGAGUGUCCACGGAUUGACGGUCCUGUCGAUGUUUCUCUUCUUCUUCAGGUUAUUUGAGGUCGCCUCAGCUGGAGUCGCUCACCCCCAGUGCACAGCUGGAUGAUCACGGUCCGAGGAGAACUUGGGAGAACUCUGAUGUGAAUCCGUUGCACAGUCCUCCACCUCACCGUGACCUGCAGACCGAGUACCCUUCAGAGGACUUCAGACUGGGACUGGACUUCCCACUUUCCAGCUCAGAACAUGAGGAGAACAGUAUGACCCAGAACCCCAGGUCAUCUGCGACAGACUUCCUGUUUGAUGAAGAUGAAAAUGUCGAGGAUGAAGAUGGUCUUCUCGGUCCACUUGAUGACCUCUUGGAGGACACGUCAAUGUUAGAGGAGAUCAGACUGUUGGACCUGGUGCUGGGAGAAGGGUUCAGUCCUGAGAUGGCAGCGAGGCUGGAAGAGGAGGGCUACCUCAGCAGUGAACCGGCCAAGCAAGAAACAAGCGGAGAUGAAGACCACUCAAGCUCCAGCAUGGAGGCCACAGGAGAUCUGGAUCAACCAAGACCAGAUCAGCAAGGUAACCAGUCCAUCCUCUCGUACCUUAGCGAGGCUCGAGGUGGUUACCAAACGACUGAAUGUCCUUACCUUGUCUUCUUCUCUUUUCCUAGACGACCUGGAUGAAGCCGACUCAGACUCUGGUCUUUCUCUGGACUUCAGCCACAGCCCUGCUUCUCCUAGUGCUUCUGAGGCCUCGUCUUAUUCCUCCUCCUCUUCCUCUUCCUCCUCCUCCUCUUCCUCUUGUGGUUCGGCUGUGAGAAGUCCUCUCUCUGAGGUCGAGGACAGAGAAGCUGAAGACGGGUUGGUCGGUUCAGAGAUGGAUAUCGUCAUAAAGCAGGAGGAGCUGGACGAGGAGGAGAUGGGUGCAGUUGGAGGAAGUUGUCUGGCGGAUGUGAAACCUUUCUCUCUUGACUACGAGGAUCAGAAGAUGUUCAGCGGGUUUCCAUGGAUGGAGCACAUCGGUCAUGAUCACACCUACAACCAGCCCUGGUCCUCGCCCUCCACUCCAUCUUUGGGGAAGAUGUCCACCAAGCACCCCAAGUCUUUCCCCCGUCACAACAACGCCAAGCCGUACAGGUCCUCUUCCAAACACGCCUCAGACUCCAAAAUGUGGAGCCGGGAUGAUCGGCGAGCUCGAGCCCUGAAGGUCCCUUUCUCUAAUGAACUGAUCAUCAAUCUGCCGGUGGAGGAGUUCAACGACCUGCUGGCAAAAUACAGACUCACCGAGGAGCAGCUCGUCCUCAUCAGAGACAUUCGACGCCGCGGUAAGAACAAGAUCGCCGCCCAGAACUGCAGGAAGAGAAAAAUGGACUGUCUGCUGGGACUGAAGGACGACGUCUCGGGUUUGAGGCGCUAUCGUUCACGGCUGCUCCGGGAGAAACAAGAAGCCCUGAAACAUCUGCAGGAGAUGAAGCGCCAGCUGGGGGUUUUGUACCAGGAGGUCUUUUCCAGGCUGAGGGACGAGGAGGGGAGGCCGCUGGACGCCAUGGAGUAUCUGCUCGAGUUUGAGCCUGACGGCGGCGUCACAGUGGCUUCACGCCAACAGAGGGCGGUGCAUCCUCUGACAAAAACAAGCAAGAAACAACGGGACAAGAAGAAGUGAAGAUACGUCAAAGACAUUUAGAAACGAAGGAAAUUUGAGGGGAUUCCUGAACUGGACUGGGAUCAAAAUUACGCUAAAGAAACCCGUUUCUCAGGACCUCCGAGGAUGGUGCUCACGGUCUCUUUACACAUCUUAACAGAUCGCCUUAUCCCGAGAAACGCUGUGUGGCUCGGAUGACAGAGAAAAUCUGCACAGAUUGAAAACAGCUCCCCAAAAAAGGGAAGAAGGGAUUACUUCGGAGAGCUUGAUUCAACUUUAGGACGGGGUUAAGUUUUUCAGUCUAAAGGUUUGGACACUGGAGCUCAGGAUGAGAAACGAGCAGGGACCAGUGUUUUAAAGUUCUAGUUCAGGACUUCUUCAGGUAUCGGGCUGGACGGGUUAACAGACUGACAGCGGGCUGGAUCCUGGCUGAUGAAGACAAUCACAGACUUUACAGAUAACCACUCCUAACUACCAGAGAAGAAGGGUAGCUGUCCAACAAGAAGGGAAACCUGGAUCUGAAGUUCUUGAGCUGGUUGUGGUUAUCCUAUCUCACCCAAAUUCACUUGAGCAGGCUCAAGACUUUGGGUCAAAGAUCUCAAACCUGAGUGUUUUCAUCCCCCACAUGAUGGAGAAACCACAGGCGACCAAGAUGGAUCAAGCUUUCGCCAAAACUACCAACAAAUCUGGACCCACGUGAAGCAAGAAAAUCCAAACUGGAGAAGAUCCGCUACUGUAGACUUUUCUUGAAAACAUCCCCCUCAUGCCGUUCGACAGACUUCAAGUUUUAGUUGAUAUAAGCUGUUAACAAAUGGUAGCAACCCUUUUUACUGGUGUUCAUGUAUCUAUCGUUGCUUGGUUCUCAGAGGGUCUGUUUGUAGGUUUAAGUACACGGGUUUAAAAUACUGCAGAAUCUGGUGGAUGAGGUUCAUGUUGAGAGAUCACCAUCUGAGUGUGAGAGAAGUGGGCAGUUCUUUGUGUACAAUGUGGGUGUAACAGAGGAGUGACUCUGUCUCAUCGUAAACAUUACCUUUUUUACUGUUUUGCAUGACAGCAGUGGGUGUUACCUGUGCCUUAAAUUUACCUUUGAGUGUUUUCAUGUGUUUUUUUUACUGAUUUGUGGGUCUGUGAAGCUGUAAAGGUGUGAAUUUGUGUUAAAAUCUUGUCCAAAGCCCCACACAUGACCUUAAUGCCACGCACAGACUUGAACCUGCCGUCACUGUGUGCAGAGUUUAGGGAAAACCACAGACUGAGUUUGACAAAGCCAGACUUUGUUUGAGUAAGCUGGAUGACUAAACUGUAAAGUCCUGAUAGAGAGAAAACAAGAAACUGGUUAUAAGAUUUAGGUUUGAUAUUGGGAAAAUAAGUGUGUCCAAGCUGUGGGUAAAGUGCACACUUUCAGGCAGCUGCAGCAUAGAUUUAAUUUUGAAUGCAAAGUAUUAAAUUUGGAAGAAUUUUAAACUUAUAAGACUCAGGACGCUGUAUUUACUUAUUAUUUCAAAAGGAAGAGUUUUUUUUUUGGAAGAUACUCAGGAAUAAACACAGCCAGAGGAAACUACAUCAGAGAUUUUAAAGUUGUUUUUUAUUUUAUAAGGGAUGGAGUUAAUGAGUUUUAGUAUCAAACUACUGUAUCUGCAUCACCCUCAGGUGACAAUAUGACAGGACUGUCUCCUUCCAAAAUCUGCCUCUGUAACAAACAUGGAGACAAAGUCUGAGUGUGUUAAAAUCUGCAUGUCUAUCACUUCCACUGAGGGAAAUGUUUGUUUGGUUGUUUUUCAUCGUUCAUACUUUUGUUAAUGCCCACUGUGCUUGCUGGUUUUCAAGAACUUGGGUCUUUUCUGUAAGACUAAAAAUAAAAACUAAAUAAAAAUCAAAAUAAAUUAAAA